AUGGCCAAGAAUUUACUCAACAGUAACUUUGUACUGUUCCUGCUUUCUGGCAUUAUGGUUGCAGCUGCAGGCAAGAAAGGGGAGAAGAAUGGAGGAGACACUGAUAAGAAAAUAAUACUGGCCAGAUGCACAUCACGAUGCCUGACCCUGCAUGCCACACAGAUGUCGGCCACCUUCACCAGCCUACAGAACAGACACGAGUGCAUAGCCAGCUGUGAGUUUCUGAAAGCUCUGCAAGCCAUGAAGCAGGGUCACUGUCCACCACCACAUAGAGCAUCUGGCUUUGCAGCUGCCUGUGUACUGAGCUGCAGUGGAGACACAGACUGUCCUGGUUCCAAGAAGUGUUGUGCCAAUGGAUGUGGGGUCACCUGCCAGGUUCCAGUCAAUACGUAUAAAGGUGUCCCCUGGAAACCUCAUUCUGAAUUCAUAAUUAACGAGUACUUAAACAGGACUGUGAAGAUUACUUGGAAAUCUAGAUGCAACAUAUCUGUAGAGCCCAUAUUAUAUAUCCUGCAAAAACGAUGGAAUUAUGGCAUCCAGCCUAGUGAAGAUCAGUCCACAAACUGGCAGACGAUAACUGUGACAGUAGCUUCCCAUUUUCUUAUGAGAGACAUAAGGCCAGGCCGAUGGUACCAAUUCCGGGUGGCUGCAGUCAAUAUGCAAGGAACACAAGGUUUUACCAUACCAAGUAAGCACGUCUGUUCCUCUAGAGACCCAUUGCCACCAACUGCUCCCACUGGUCUUAGAAAACAUAACCUAACGGUUGCCCUUGAUGGCACUGUCAGAGUGAACAUUACCUGGGCUGUGCCACCAGAACAUGACCUACAAAUUCAUCAUUACAGAAUAUGCUGGAGCAUUAAGAAACCUGGACAGGUGCUUUCAGAGAGGAAGGCAGAGAGUUGGGUUGUAACAGAUGGGGCAAAAACUGUAUUUACACUGCAAGGCUUGCUACCUGACAUUGAGUACGUUAUGAAAAUUCAAGCUGUAUCAAAUUGGGGACAGAAAAUAUUGAAGAGCCCAAAGGCACAGUUCAUGUUCAGUACUGGAGAGCAAGAUUUAAGACCAGGGAGCAUGAAUCCUACUUUGAAUCCAUGUGACAACCAAGACAAAUCUUAUAAAAGUUGUAAACAUGCUUUACAAGCAUUUACUUUUUACCACAAUAAUCAGCUUAAAAUACAAUUAUUCUGGAAGCAAAUGUCAGACAGUUACGUGAAACCCUAUACUUACCUAGUAAAGUGGAGACCAGUCAUGUGUGACAAUAAUGACACCUUCUUGGGGGGAAAAGCAGUUGUGAAGGGUCCGAGUUACAUAAUUACUGACCUCCAGUUUGCAUGCACAUAUAAAGUAACAGCACGGCCAUUCACCCUUCAGGGACCAUUGGUUGAAGAGGUGAUAUUUGUAAAAACACCCAAGUGCAACAACAUGAAAGUUAAAAGGCUGAAAGGUGCACGAUGUCCAAAACUGGGGCGCCACCGUCUGUCCAGAAGUCUGAUGCAUAGAUCGGUAAAAUUAAGAGCAGUCUUCCAGAAUGUGAAUGGGAAAAUUAAAGGAGAAUUUCACUGGAAAGUUUUGCAAACUGAUGACUUCUUCUCCAUCAAAAGCUUUCUGUUCAGCUGGGCAGAGAUGUCACAAACUGCUGCAUCGUACAACACAAUCACACUUCCAGCUACGCAUAACUUUGUGAUUAUUGAUGACCUGAAGCCUUCAACGUUCUACCACGUUAAAGUCCAAAUAGUCACCCUCAAUGGUUUAUCUACAGAGGAAAUCUUCCUCACUCCUGCAUAGGGACUGUAAGGUUUAUGGCCCUUUCAGAAAAUUAAUAAAAAAAAGAUUGACUACCUUACAUGCUAGAAAUGAGCAAUAACACUAUACACACGAGGCAAAUAGAAAAUAGGCUAUUUGGCUAUACGGUAGUCACACAAAGAAAACAAGGAGAAAGACUCAUCUCUAAAGUGAUGUAUAAUAGUGUGCCUAAAUGAAACAGCUA